AUGAGAAGACGAAACGACACGAUCAUCUACUCCCGCGGCAGACCAACCCGCCGAGCGGCAAGAGGUCACGAAGACGGGGAAGGAAGAACCGAGAGGACACGACAACCCGUGAUAAUGGGCGUCACCCCGUUCCACCGAUCUAUCCUCGAGGUCCGGUUACCGAAACACUUCGACAAACCAACGGACAUGAGGUACGACGGAACUCAAGACCCCCUAGAACACCUCACGGCCUUUGAGGCCAGGAUGAAUCUGGAGGGAGUGGGGGACGAAGUAAGAUGCCGCGCCUUCCCGGUAACCCUAGCAGGGCCAGCGAUCAGAUGGUUUAACGGCCUCCCACAAGGUUCCAUAUACAGCUUCUCAGACAUCAGCCGUGCAUUCCUGGCCCAAUUUACAACGCGGAUCGCGAAGGCCAAGCACCCUAUCAACCUUCUAGGGGUAACACAGAGACAAGGAGAACCGACGAGGAGGUACUUAGAUCGGUUCAACGACGAAUGCUUGGAAAUCGACGGCUUAACCGACUCGGUGGCCAGUCUUUGCCUAACGAACGGCCUCCUCAACGAGAACUUCCGAAAACACCUUACCACGAAACCGGUUUGGACGAUGCAUGAGAUCCAGACGGUAGCCAAGGAGUACAUAAAUGACGAGGAAGUCAGCCGAGUCGUGGCUGCCAAUAAGCGGCAGUCCGGUUACAGCCAAGCCCGGUAA